GAAAAAACACUUUUUUUAUUUCUUUCUUGCCAAACAAAGCCUUUAGACUAAAAUGGGUAUUGCCUUCCCUUCGUCUCCCUAUUCAACUCUGCUACUGCAUCUCAAAUCCACAACAGCAUCAGAUCAGUAAACCAGUGCAAAAAUCCCAGUCCCUUCGACUCCUCCAAAAGAAUGGCAGCUAUUUACAGCCUCUACAUCAUCAACAAAUCCGGAGGCCUCAUCUUCUACAAGGAUUACGGAUCCGCGGGACGGAUGGACACCAACGAUAGCUUGAGAUUGGCCAGUUUAUGGCACUCGAUGCACGCUAUCUCUCAGCAGCUAUCCCCGGUCCAUGGAUGCUCGGGAAUCGAACUGCUCGAAGCCGAUACUUUCGAUCUUCAUUGCUUCCAAUCUCUUACUGGGACUAAAUUUUUUGUAGUCUCUGAGCCGGGAACGCAGCAUAUGGAUGGCCUCUUGAAACAAAUCUAUGAACUGUACACAGACUAUGUUUUAAAGAACCCCUUCUAUGAAAUGGAGAUGCCAAUCCGAUGUGAGCUCUUUGAUAUAAAUCUAGCACAGGCAGUUUUAAAGGAUCGUGUGGCCUUGUUGGGGCGAUAAAGUUUCCCUUGAAAUCGGUUCCCCGUUCUGGAUUAACUUGAGGUGGCCCCAGAUGAAGAGGCAAUGAUCAGUAAAGGAAGCAAUAGUAGAUGGCACGGAAGAUUUAUUUAAGUCCUAGCAAUUUGGAAAUGAAUAGACCAUGGAGGAAUUACAGAAACUGGACUGACAGGAUCUGCAGCCCAAUUGUGGAAGUUGUAUCACCUUUCUGAAUCUUAUUUUAACUCGUGUUUUUGGUAAAUUCUUUCACUUUCCCUUUUAGCGCUGAGACGAUUGUUCCAGUUUUCUGUGUUUCACUAUCCAUGUGAUGCUAGAAAUUAUAAAUUUGAGCAUAUUGUUUUUUGCUGUU